AUGGAAUUGCAUGAUUCUUCGCACAGGAAACCCAACGCGAACAAAGGAACAAAACAGAAAUCCGAUUUCAAGGUGAACGUACACACUGCUAAUACGAUUCGUGACGAGGAGCAAAAACGUAGAACCGUUUUCAAGGCCGUCUUGGAAUCCCCGUUCACGGUAAAAUGGCAACCGGAGAAAAAAUCAUGCUCCGAAGACGAAACCAAACGGACUAGUGUUAAUAAACGUGACUCCGCUCAUGACCUUGUGACAGAAAACAUGAUUUCAGUCGAAUUAACACCUAAACCAAACAGCAUAGCGCAUCAGUUCGGUUUUGUUGUAGGAAUAAACGAUGUGACAAAACACAUGGAGCAGUCAUAUAGUCAACAGAUGAUAUCAAACUUUCAGCAAAGAUGCGCACGACUUUCAUCCAGGACGUCGGCUACCAGCAUACAGCCUAAAAGUCACCCGGAUUCUUUAAAACCUAGAGAACCAUUGCGAAUGAUUUUCGUCUGCAAGGCCGACGUCUCUCCACCACAUCUGAUCGCACAUCUUCCUAUUAUGGCAAACAUCGCAAAUGUACUAAUUGUCCCUUUACCGGGUGGGUCUUCAAAAAUGAUUGCCGAUCACAUUGGAAUUUCCAAGGCGACGGUCUUAGGAAUAAAGGAAGUAUCACCGGAGUUUGAUGAACUUUACAAAUUAAUUCGGGAGAAAGUGAUGCCAGUUCACGCACCAUGGCUGAUGCCUUUAAAGAAGCUAGAAAUUUCAAAGAAAAGGAAAUGCCCGAGUGAAGAACACGAGGAGACCAUAGCUGGACCGUCAUCACUAGGUGUCAAAGAGAAAUUCGGAGAGCCAACAGAGCAAAAUACGCAUACCAAUUAUUACCCAACUCAGAUUAAACAUCUUAAAACUACCGCUCCCAUCAACAAAGAGAAAUACAAAGAAGGGAAAACGAAGAAAAAAUCAAAGCCACUAAACGUUUAG